AUGUAUACAGGAGAUUUUGAAAUCAGGAGUGAAAACGAGGUGAAUCCAAAACAAGAGAUUAGUGAAGAUGUGGAAUUUGGGACUGCAUCUGAAAGACCUGUUGGUAAUACUGAGGACAGUCCUGAAAGUGAAGAGGCCUUUGAAAACAGGGAUAGAUCAGAAAGACAAUGGGGAGAUCUAACAGCAGAAGAGUGGGUAAGCUAUCCUCUCCAACAAGUCACCGAUCUGCUUGUCCACAAAGAAGUCCAUACAAGCAUCCGAUAUCAUAUAUGUUCUCAUUGUGGAAAGGCCUUUAGUCAGAUCUCAGACCUUAAUCGACAUCAGAAAACACAUACUGGUGACAGACCCUAUAAGUGUUAUGAAUGUGGAAAGGGCUUCAGUCGGAGUUCCCACCUUAUUCAGCAUCAAAGAACACACACUGGAGAGAGGCCCUAUGACUGUAAUGAGUGCGGGAAAAGUUUUGGAAGAAGCUCCCACCUCAUUCAGCAUCAGACAAUCCACACUGGAGAAAAGCCCCACAAAUGUAACGAGUGUGGAAAAAGUUUCUGCCGGCUCUCUCACCUAAUCCAGCACCAAAGGACCCACAGUGGGGAAAAACCCUAUGAGUGUGAGGAGUGUGGGAAAAGCUUCAGCCAGAGGUCUCACCUAGCUCAGCACCAGAGGACCCACACAGGUGAGAAGCCUUACGAAUGUAAUGAAUGUGGGAGAGGCUUCAGUGAGAGAUCUGAUCUGAUCAAACACUAUCGUGUCCACACGGGGGAAAGGCCCUACAAGUGUGAUGAAUGUGGGAAGAAUUUCAGUCAGAACUCCGACCUUGUGCGCCAUCGCAGAGCCCACACAGGGGAAAAGCCAUACCACUGUAAUGAAUGUGGGGAGAAUUUCAGCCGCAUCUCACACUUGGUUCAGCACCAGAGAACCCAUACUGGGGAAAAGCCAUAUGAAUGUAACGCCUGUGGGAAAAGCUUCAGCCGGAGCUCUCAUCUUAUCACACACCAGAAAAUUCACACUGGAGAGAAGCCCUAUGAGUGCAACGAGUGUUGGCGAAGCUUUGGUGAAAGGUCAGACCUAAUUAAACACCAGAGAACCCACACAGGAGAGAAACCCUAUGAGUGUGUGCAGUGUGGAAAAGGUUUCACCCAGAGCUCCAACCUCAUCACACAUCAAAGAGUUCAUACAGGAGAGAAGCCUUAUGAAUGUACCGAAUGUGAGAAGAGUUUCAGCCGGAGCUCAGCUCUCAUUAAACAUAAGAGAGUUCACACUGACUAAGUCCUGUAAUUAUGACUGAGAAAUGAAUGAUUCAUUUGAAGGUACAAUUUUAUUUGAUAUCAAAGAGCUCUCUCAAGACUGAGCUGCUUUUACUGUACUGAAUUUCCUUGUUGUGGGCCACAGUUUAAAACAUCGAAGAAGAGAAGCCACUUGAAAUUCUGAUCCAUGGCUUUGGGAAUGGUAUUCCUUCCUCCAAAAUAGUGAUUUUUAUUCACCCAAUAUUAAUGAAUUAUUUCAUCAAAAUCAGCCCCACAAGUAACUGGAAAUCUGAAGACCAGGUGCUAAAUGCCGUGUUGCUGGUGGUUUUAAUGAAUAUCAAAGUUCUCCUGUUGUUUCUGUGAGCCACUAGGGGCAUCAGCUUCGGAGUGGCUGUGGAAGAAGACAGCAUCUCCAUGACCUAAAACUAUUUUACCCCCUUUUCCUUCCCUACUCCCCUGCCCCACCCCCAAGCUGUUCCUUCUGCUGCUUUUGGCUUCUGAGUGCCCCAGCCAUCUCUCCAGACAUGUACACUUCAGUUGGGAAGUUAAAAGGGCAAGGGCCGGACCAGCUCUGUCUCCUUUCUUCCUGCCAGUUGUUGCCCAUUUGCUGUGUUGAACUCUGUGUAAAGUUAUGCCUCAGUCUCUCUUUGCUAAAGCUUUUUGCAUGCCUUCUGCUCCCAAGUCUCUGGCUGCUUCUGCACACACCCUGAACACAUUGUGCCUGUUUUCUAUGGUUGUGGAGAGUGAGUGAACAAGUAAGUAUGUACAGCAGUUUUCCUUAUGGUAUUGGUCACAGUUAUCGUGUCUAUCUAUAUCUGUAUAAUUCUAACAAUAUCCUGUAAUUAAAAGUAUAAUUUUUAAAAUCAAAAAGCUGAGAAUUAUUUUAGUAAUCCAGCACCAAUUCAUAAAACGGCUUUUCAUCAGAUUUAUUAAAAUUGGGCACAAUUGUUUUUAUAUUGAUGCAUUUGUACAGAUGUUCUUGUGGGAAUUUGGGAAUACCGUGUCUUCACAUAUUGGUGAGCCCUCUGGAUAUUGCCAUAUUUUGGCAAGUGCAAAAACCUGGACAGUUCCCUAUGAAGAUUAGGCUGGUGGCAAAGCAACAUGGAAAUAUUUGAU